CAUUCCUAAAAACAGUUACACUUGUUUACCUACAAACUGUACUUCCGGUCUACGCCAACCCUUACCCCAUUGUGGAAAAGCUAAAGAAUGCCGCGAUGGAAAUUGGCACGAAUUUGAAUGCCCAAACUCUAUGGCUUUUGUAGACGGCAAAUGUAGCGAAUUAUCUAAUUGCCAGAAAAAUUUAAUCACCAAUAAUGGUCAAUGUGUAGAAGGACAUACACUUGUACACCCUCGGGACUGUUCCAAAUAUUUACUUUGCCGUUACGGCCAAUAUGUUGAGGAAAGCUGUCAUUUGGGACAUCGCCAAUGUGACCCUAAAUAUGCUUGUUUAUCAACACAUAUACCCCCUUGUUUCGAGGGAGAAUUACGCCCAAUAAUUUCUCCAAAAACAACAGAAUGCCAAUCCGAAUAUGAAACUUGUAGGGAUGGAAAAUUUUAUAAACAAAUUUGUCCUUAUGGGGAAAGAUUUUAUUUGGGGAAAUGUGAAGCUUUUGAUAAAUGUGGAAAUAAUAAUGGAAUAAAUAAAAAUAAUAUUGGAGAGAAUAGUGAAGGAAUUUAUGAGAAAUGUCAGGCGAGUUUUUUGAUGUUAUUUACUAAAAACUUUAAAAUUUAUAAAUAG